AUGCCUAAAUUAUUUGCUAUUGCUUUUAUCCUUUUGCUCGUAUUGAAUUCCGGCGAGGCACAAAAUGCACCUUCUCAAGCACCGGUUUCUUCUCCGGUGAAUUCUCCGGCAGUAAAAUCUCAAGCACCAGUUUCCUCUACGGCAAAAUCCCCGGCACCGGUUUCUUCUCCGGCAGUAAAAUCUCAAGCACCAGUUUCUUCUCCGGCGAAAUCUCCGGCAGUAAAAUCUCAAUCACCGAUUUCUUCUCCGGCAAAAUCUCCGGCACCUGUUUCUUCUCCGGCAGUAAAUUCUCAAUCACCGAUUUCUUCUCCAUCAGUAUCUCCGGUUUCUUCACCAUUGGCUCCUAAAGUCAGUCCGUCAAAUUCACCAGUUCAGUCUCAGCCACCUGCAGAUUCUCCGGCGAUCACUCCGGUGUCAUCUGUACCAACUCCGUCGAGCACUCCGGCGUCUUCUCCAGUGGCAGCGGAGGUUCCGGCGAGUACUGUGACUCCAUCGGUAUCACCAAGCAUUCCGUCAAGUUCAGCAAGUCCGGCAGAGUCCGUUAAAGGACCAACAUCGGCGACGGCGAGUUUAUCGCCGGAAAGUUCACCGGGUCCAAUUGCCGAUGAUACUUCCCGGGCAAUUUCGAUAUUUGAAGUGCCGAUGAUCGUAAGUGGGCUUGCUAUUUGGGCCGCUUUGUCAAUUUGA